UUUACCACUAACCAAACCGAUUUUUUAACGCCUGGACACGUGUUUCGCUAACUAUGUUAGCAUCUUCAGGAGAAGAUUAAAACUCAGUUUUAAAAAAUCGGUUUGGUUAGUGGUAAAACAGUGUAGUGUAUUAUCGUGCCAAAGGUUCCAGUCUUCGAUAUAUAUAAAAAAAAGAAGUUGACUUUCGGAAUUUCGGAAAGAGAAGAGAACUUUUUGAGGUUAGAAGUGUUGACUGUUGUCAAAAUCUUAAAUGUCAAAUGGGCUUGAUCUUGCUUGAUUCCUUGCCCUUGCAUAGAAUUCCUUGUUAUGGUCUAAAAAUCAACAUGUCAAGAAAUAGCAUCAAGAUACUACCAGGAGCACUAGUAUGUGAAGAAAGUAAACUAAGAGGAGACAUAACAAUUGGUUCUGGCACUAUAGUUCAUCCUAGGGCAAGUAUAAUAGCAGAAGCUGGCCCCAUUAUCAUUGGAGAGUAUUGCUUGAUAGAGGAACAAGUCAGAAUAGUGCAUAGACUGCCUUUUGACCAGAGAAACAAGGAAAACAGCACACCUGUGCUCUUAAUAGGUUCCCACAAUGUUUUUGAAGUAGAUUGUAAUGUGGAGUCACCCAAAAUUGGUAGCAACAAUGUUUUUGAGGCAAAAUGCUUUGUGGGCAACAGAGUCACAGUUUCUGAUGGGUGCAUCAUUGGAGCAGGAUGCAGGUUGACAGAGGAACAGACACUGAAGGAUAAAAUGAUAAUUUAUGGAUCUAGGUGUCAGAUGAGGGAAGGACUAGACAAACCACAGCCACAGACUCUACAGAUUGAAACCCUCACAAAAAUGUUACCAAAUUAUCACCACAUCAAGAAAUCCAACAAAAAGAAUUAGUUUUUAGCCUAAUAGAUUUAUAAUUAUUUAAUUUUUAAUUUAUUUUACAUUAAUAUAUCAUACCUAUUCAGCUUCC